AUGCAAUUAGCAUCGAUGGUAAACAUCAAAGUAGUAUCAUUAUACAUCGGAGUGUUGACGAUGGUCUUUCAUGAACAUAAUAAUAGUAAUGGUGGAGGAAUACUAUUUAAUGGCGCAUUCUCAACAGGUCCCAUGCCUAUUGUCAUGACUAAUCAAGUCAUAUAUCGCUCUAUAGAAAAUCGAACAGUGCCAAGUACUUGGCCUGGUGAAUAUUUCAAGCGGCAAUCAUUAGCUGCGAUCUUCAACAUUGUCACAGCACACAGCAAUACGACAAAAGAUGAUCCUGUAAUGUCUCCGAAAAAUUGGCGAAUGACAUCAUCCUGGCCGUUCAAUCAAUCGUGGAUACCGUCCUCGUAUCCAAAUUUAGCUGCGCCAGGGUUAUUAGAGGGCAGUGUUGUCAUCUUGUCUAGCUUUCAUCCUAAUCUCGCUGUCGUCACGGAAUCAAAUCUCACAUCCAAUACAUUAUCAUUUUGUUCUAUUAUCUCUUUUUCUGAUGGCAUGAGUAAAUCUACUACUCGAUAUGAUCCUAUUACUCGUACAUAUUUAACGUUAUGUAAUCCAGUUACCGUACUCACGCAUUCUAAUCAGCGGAAUGUUUUAAGUUUAACGUGCACGAAAGAUUUAUUGAUUUUAAACAAUUGGAAUAUAGCUAUCGAUCAUCUUCUUUAUGAUGAUACUGGUCUACCUUUCAGUGAUAGUCUUCGUUAUACUGAAUUUCAAUAUGUUGGUUGGCAAUUUGAUACGUUGUCGACAUCAGUACAUAAAGCAAGUUGCAUUGAUUGGCAAUGUGGUGGUCUUGAUAUAAUAUAUCUAAUUAAUACUGCAUACUGCGGAGCAAACUCCUUUGAUAAUUCUAACCGUAUCACAUAUAAAUCAUUGCUUAACUAUCGUUCUAGCGAUCGAAUAACGUUAAGAUAG